CCCAUCCCCCCCCCCCCGCCGCCGCCGCCAUCACCACCAAAACCACCGUCCCUUAAUAACGGGCCUCUGUAUAUUCAGUGUAGAUAUAUAUAUAUUGGUAAGUGUGUUGGUAUAUAUAUAUUGAAGGAGAAAUGGCAACAGCGGGGGCACCAGCGGCGCCACCGUCACCGGGGCAUCAGUCAGCAUGGAACUCGCCUGUGCCGUACUUAUUCGGCGGACUGGCAGCGAUGCUGGGGCUCAUUGUUUUAGCUCUCGUGAUCUUGGCGUGCUCCUACUGGAAGCUACUCGCAGAAAACCUGGAACGCGGGGAGAUCGCGGUUGGCGAGAGGGACCUCGAAGCAGGGGAGGCAGAUCACGACGGGGCUAAAAUAGCGCCGCCGGUGCUUGAAGAGAAGUACCUGGUGAUCAUGGCGGGGCAGCAAAAUCCGACGUUCUUGGCAACCCCGGCGUCCAGUCGGGCAUCAUCGUUCGGUAGCAAGAGCAGUUUGAGUACUACAAGUAAUGGCCAGAGUACUACUCCAGAUUGCGAGGAGAAGACGGGAGACAGAAAUUUGGAGACUCAUAAUGAUGAAGCUUCUUUAAAUCAGGUCCAUUGAUCCAUACUUCUUUUUUUUUUUUUUUUUGGGAAAAAAAUAUAUAUUAAUUUUUUAAUUUAAUUUUUGAAGUUUUGAAAAUUGUUGGAGUUGGUAGAUUAGAUCUUUCGUUUUUGUUACAAAUUCUGUACGUAUGUAUAUGUACUUUUUUGGAGAAGGGAAUCAUAAACCUUUUCUUUGGAUGUAUAUGUUAAAAGCUGUUUGCAAUAAUCACGUGGUAAGUGUAUUGCACUUGUCAUAAUUAGUUUAGGUUUCGUUAAA